AACUAGUUCAUUUAUCAGCUCAGUAUCAUUAUUCGAGUAAAUAAAAAAAAACCAGAUCAAAAUAACUAAACAUAAGUGAUUUUGAUUGGUGUUGCUGUUGUUGCUGUUGCUAUUAUUAGUAUUAUCAUUAUUUCACUCUAUUGGAAAUUUUUCUUUAUUUUUAUUUUCAUCAUUUCAAAUUAUUUCUUACAAUCUAUUGAUGAAUAUAUCUGCUCAGUUAUCGUAUUCAAUAAUAAUCACAUUUUAAGAACAUCUAAUUUAUUAUUAUGACGUUAAUAAGACCAUUUAUCAUUUAUCAAUGAAUAUUGUGAAUUGUUUCAUGAGGAAUUACGGAGUGAAUUGACCAUCUUAUAUCCUGAAUCAUGAUGACAUUGGAUACCUGGAAAUAUUCUUUGCUGUUUCUAUUGACAACUAUCUUCUGCAAUACAUUAAUCUCAGCAUUAUUUUAUCAUGAACAUGUAAUACCAUCAUCAGAGAAACGUUUAAUUAAACAAUUAAUUGAUAAUUAUGAAAAAGCUGGCAAAAUUGGACGUCCAGUUAAAAAUACUAAAGAUCGUGUAGUUGUUGGUUAUGGAUUGUCAUUAUUUCAAUUAUUAGAUUUAGAUGAGAAAAAUCAAAUUUUAACAAUAAAUGUUUGGGCAAAAUAUACAUGGAUUGACCAAUUACUUCGUUGGGAUCCAGCUAAUUAUUCAAAUAUACGUGAAGUACGAAUUCCACCAAGUGUGAUAUGGACACCAGACAUUGUACUUUAUAAUUAUGCUGAUGAACGUUUAAAAGAGAAACGUGAUGUUAUGUUGAACGUUGAUUAUAUGGGUCGAGUAUUUUGGAGUCCACCAGCUAUAUUUAAAUCAAAUUGUCCAAUUGAUAUAAAGAAUUUUCCAUUCGAUUAUCAACAUUGUUUCUUAAAAUUUGCGUCAUGGACAUAUAACAGUGAACAAUUAGAUUUACAAUUUUUAGACAAUCGUACUGAAGUUGAUAUAGAUCAGUAUACAUCAAGUAAUGAAUGGUCACUUGUGGCUAGACCAGCAUAUCGAUUUGUUAUGUUAUCUGAUGAAUGCGGUAAAGAAAUACCAGAUUUAACAUUUUUCUUAUUCUUAAAACGUAAUCCUGCUUUCUAUGGAUAUUUAUUAGUUUUUCCAUGUGUAUUGCUAAGUGUGAUUACAACAGUGAUAUUUUGGUUGCCUCCACAAAUUCCAGCUAAAAUGAUUCUUAGUAUGAAUAUAUUUGUGGCUUUUUCGUUGUUAUUAAAAAUACUUGCUGUUUCUACACCAUCGGCUUCAACAAUAGUACCUUAUUUGGGUUACUUUUAUUGUUUAAAUAUGACAUUACUUAGUUUGUCAACAUUUGCUUCGACAAUUGUUGUACAUUUACACUUUCAACGAGUAAAAUCAAAACACGUACCACCAUGGCUUAUAAAGGUGGUUAGAUUUUUCGCUACACUGUUACAUGUUUCGAAAUUGGAACCACCUGUAGUGGCAGAUACCAAUCAAAAAUUGAGUGUUGUUGAAGCGCAAAUUAAAAAUGCCAAGAUGAAACAAAGUAUAAAAUCGGAAAAUCUACUUGAUACGUGGUCAUCGAAUCAGCAGUUACCACCAUCUAAUCCGCAGUCAAAUUUGAUCCAUUCUGCUGGUGUAGAAACACAAUGGGAUUACAGUAAGAUUUCAUCUCCUGAAGAGUAUCUUUUAAAUCCUAACGAAUUAUCUGCUCUACAAAAGCAACAACUUUCAAUGCUCUCAGAUGGUUCACGAAUAUCUUAUUCCACUGGUGUGAAUGGCUGCCAGUUUUCAAGUCAUUACUAUCCGAAUCAAAACUAUCUACAACAAAAGGGUAUUCCAUGGGGCGAUUAUGCUAUGAAUCAGCCAAAUGAAUCUGGAACAGCUAAGAUACAUGAUAAAUUGCUUAAAAAAUUCCUACAAUCUAAACAACAAUCAAGAAGAUCUACAAUUCAACUUGAGUUCAAUUUGGGUGACUUAUGCAAUGCAUUAAAACAACUGAUGCUGAAAAUAGCUAAAAAAGAUGAAAUAGCUCAACGUGAUCGCGAAUGGCGGUUAGUUCUAAUGACGAUUGAUCGUUUGUUUUGUUGGUUCUACUCCAUUGUAGUCAUUGUCGCAGGAGUGUACUUAUUGUUCCCAAGAGGGCGUUCGCAUACAGUCAACGAAAUUAUAGCGAUGCAUCAAGAAGCCUACGAUAUACGGAAUCAAGCUGUUGCAAAGCAGUGUAUGAUGGGAUACUCCAAAACAAUAUAACACUUUGGGUGGAACCUCAGUACUUAACCUUCUCAUUGAGACCAUCUGAUUUUUUUCACCUUGUUGUCUUGUUAUUUUUAGCUCGUAAUCGCUUACCUUGAUAUCAAUCGCUCGGUAUUUUAUGGCCUAAUUUUAAGGUUAAACAUUGUUAGCGUUAUGGAUUCAUUUUAUCCUUCAUGUUCUAUCAUAUUGAUUACCUGAAGUAGAAAUUUUUUUUCAAUCUACUAUACUCAAAUAUUUCUUUUUAAACGAAGUUAUUCAUUUCUGACUUUCCAUCUUCACUCAGUCAUUAACUUAGUAAAUAUUUAUAAAUUCAGUUUUUUAUUUUGAAAAAGGGCUAAAAGUAAUUAAUUCCUCCAAAAACUAGUUUGAACAACAGAACAUUCAAUCACUAUAUGCUAUAAACGUGUACUUAUUACAAAGUAACUAAGUAUGAUCUGAUGCUCCAUAUCGUAUCGCAAUUAUAUUUUAAUCUACCGAGCACGUUAGGUGGUUAAAAAUUUAUUAGUAAGCUGAAUGCUGCAGUAUAUAUACCAAAGUAAAAGAAUUACAUAAAAUAAUUCAUGGUCACUCCCAACGCACACAUGUACUGUCAACUCUUUCAACUUAUUAGUCAUUAUAAGGUGUUCGUAAUUUUCUCAAUAGUUGGCAAUAUAAUUUCCCCUUAAGUUUAACUGGACAGGUCGUGAGGUCGGUAAAAAUUUUAUUAUAUCUGAAUUGAGCAACUGUCGUAACAAAACUGCAAAACAUACAAGUUUAGAAACGUAAUAGGAUGAUCCAGAAAUCCAGUCAAACUAAAAGAUAGCGUUUCAAGCAUGCGAACGCGUUUUAUAUAUGAUACAUUCAAUAAAUGAUUUCACAUUGAAUAUUUGACACAAACAAAAUAUAAGUAAAGAAUAUUGGUGCUUAACGAUUUCUAAUCUUGGAAGAAAACAUGUCAACAUAGAUAAAACUGGUGACCUUGAUGGGUUGGACGUCGUCGAUUCCGUUGCCUCAGCAUCCACAAUAUUGUCACGGCUGAUUAUCACCUUUGUGCAGAGCUUAACUGCAAAAGGUGACAGAAGGUUUCCUUAUAUUAGUAAAUAUUAAAAUCUCAGUCAUGUUUGUCAUCUUUGACUUGAUGGCCAGAGAAGAAUUGAUUAUAUAAGCACUCGACUGGGAUUAUUCCUGAAUGUAUGUUUGAAAAAUUGAAUUACCGGACAUGUAUAAUAGUAAUAAAUAAUCACACAGACGAGCACAAGUUUACAUGAGUACUGAAUUAAUGCAUUCAACAGUAACAUGAUCUGUCAGAUUAAGUUCUCUAAAUGUGUUUACAGGUGUGGGUUUAACAUAUUUGUAUAAAACCCCAUCGUAAUCCAGUGGAACAUUUAUUUAGUUUCAAUUGGUCAUUUUGGUCACUACCAAUGUUUCCGUCACAAUCUUCAUUCGUUUCGUUAUUUGGACUGAGUAACUGUGGUAUUUGUACGAAUUAAUGAUUCCUUUGUACCUCAUUACCCUCUUAUUACGAAUUCAAAAUACAAUGCAUUUGUUUGUGCUCAUCUAGUUCUGUCUAGCGUAAAUUUCACUGUUCCGGGAAUUCCUAGUUAGUACACUGAUUCCAAUACUUCUAAUCAUCACAACAACUUCUACUGUUCUUGAAAAUCCGUCAAUAACUGAAUAAUCACAAGUAAGCGUUAGCUGUUAAGCUCAGGAAAAAGCUUAUUUGUGUUUCUGAAAAAUUCGACGCAACCUUUUUUUCCUUGGCCAAAAAUAACUGCUAGUAUCCAAUAUCUUGGAGACGAGCUUGUAUAGGCCAGUCUAUCACUUUGCGUUUGCUUCUUGUUGUUUCGGUGCAGUUCCAAAUGAUUUCACCAAUUGUUCACAGACUGUAUUUGUUUACGUUCUUUACACCCUAUCGUUUAUUUUCUUCACUAUUUGAUUACUAUGGCAUUUCAUGUUAUGGAAAUUUAAUGAUAUUCAUUGAUCAGUAAUUUGUUGUCUAUUUAUCAUAAUUUGACCUAUUCCACAUGUUAAAGUAUUGAUUAGAAGCUUUAUUUUCUCAUUUUCCUUAUCACUACUAGUACAUCUGCUUUCUUACUAUCAAUUUGUACUUCUACUUUUAUAUUUAAUUGUGUAAUCUACUUCUUUGGGAUCAGUGGCUCAUUAACUACCCUGUCUCAUUUAAUAUUUUUACAUAACGAUACUAAAAUUCAUGGAUAACAGAGUGACGUUUUAUGAAAAUCUUAUUAAAAACGGUACUAUUCACUCGCAUGUAUUCUUCUAUUUUAUAAUCAACAGACUUUAUGUGGGUGACGAAAUAUAACUACCAC